AAUCUUAAGUGUAACUCGCCACAUGGUCAAGAUGGCCGACUCUGAUAGAGCUGUGUUGCUUGAAUCUAUUAAACUGCAGGGUGAUGUUAUAAGAAAUAUGAAAACCCAAAAAGCCGAAAAAGAAAAGAUUGAUCGAGAAGUUGCUAAGCUUUUAGAGAUGAAAGCUAUUUUAGGUGAGGAGGGAGGACCACAAAAAUUCACGUUAAAAACUCCAAAGAUUGACACUCCUGUUUUUGAAUUAAAGGAAACAUUAACUGGUAAAUAUGGAGAAGACAGCAAGUUGAUAUAUGACUUAGCUGACCAAGGAGGAGAGAUUCUCUCACUUCGAUACGAUCUUACAGUUCCAUUUGCACGUUACUUAGCUAUGAACAAGGUUACAAAUUUAAAAAGAUAUCACAUUGGAAAGGUUUACAGGAGAGAUAAUCCUUCUAUGGCUCGAGGUCGUUACAGAGAAUUCUAUCAGUGUCUUGACUUUCAACAGGUUAACCACAGGCAGAUUCUCGAUGGAUUGUUUGAAGUUUGUGGAGUUCCAUCAGAAAUGUUCAGAACCAUCUGUUCCUCUGUAGAUAAACUGGACAAGGUUUUUUUGUUUCUAUCAGGUGGAUCUAAUCUUAUUGAAGAACUCCUUGGUGGACAGCUGUCACAAAAUAAGCGAGCAAAAGAAGGUUUAGAGGCUAUGAAACUCUUUUUUAGAUACUGUGAUAUCUAUGGAAUAUCAGAUAAGAUUCUGUUUGACCUGAGUCUUGCUCGAGGACUGGACUAUUAUACUGGAAUCAUAUAUGAGGCUAUCUUGAAAGGUUAUAGUAGUUCCACCAGUGCUGAUAAUGGAGAGGUUGUUAGUGUAGGAAGUGUUGCCGGUGGAGGACGCUAUGACAAUCUAGUUGGAAUGUUUGAUUCUAAGCAUAGAAACGUACCGUGUGUAGGAGUGAGUAUUGGAGUAGAACGAAUAUUUUCAAUCAUGGAAGCUCUUGUCCAGGCGGGAUCUAAGAAGGUGAGAACCACCGAAACUGAUGUGUUUGUUGCUUCAGCUCAGAAGAAUAUGGUGGAAGAAAGAAUGAAAUUGUGCAGGGAACUGUGGGAUGCUGGGAUUAAGACAGAGCAGUCUUAUAAAUCAAACCCGAAGUUACUAGCUCAGUUACAGUUCUGUGAAGAGAGAGCCAUUCCACUUGCUGUUGUAAUUGGUCAAUCUGAACUUGAGAAGGGGGUGGUAAAACUUAGAUUUGUGGAGACUCGGAAAGAGAUUGAAGUGGAAAGAAUCAAACUCCCUGAUGAAAUCAAAAACCUUAUUAAAGCUCUCUGACUUAGAUCCAAGGUUAAUUUAUAGAACUAUUUGUGGAACAGAUGUUGAACCAAGGUGAUAUUGUAUAUUUGAGGAAGUUAUUUAUCUUUGUUUCCUUUGCAAAAUUUUCAUUUACAAUAAAGAGGAAACAACUUGUACAGUACUUUCAGAUGGUUGUUUUUUUUAUAAAUACAGUCAUCUCAGAGAAUUGCUGUUAUGUAUUUGUUACAGGUAUAUUUAACCAUUUCAUAACAUUCAGUGGUGUAACAAUUUUACACGGUGCAGUGUUUUGAUUCAUGAUUAUCAAUUUUGUGUUUCCCUAGUUAUAGCUUUGAUAUAAUUUUGUCAUCUUGCCCCCAUCAGUAUUAUAUCUUGCAGAUAUCUAUAUUUGGACUUUGUUUUUUUUGUGAAAUGAAAAUUUUCUUUUUUGAUUUAAUAAAAACUAAGGAUAGAAUAAGUAUCUGAUCCGACAGGAUGUUGAUUUUGAGAUAAAUUAUUUCACUAUCCGAUCUGACAGGAUGUUAAUUUUGAGAUAAAUUAUAUCAUAUCCGAUCUGACAGGAUGUUAAUUUUGAGAUAAAUUA